CAACCUGGCAGAAAAGCGGAAUGACAUUUCGAACAACAGCGCCACCACAUUGGUAUAUUUUCAGACUAAAAAACAUCUUUAACAUCCUUGUGCACCCCUGAUUGUACAAGGACUUAAAGAGAAGUGUUCAUCGGACAAUGAUGAUAUUGUUUUUUUUUCUCGUAUAAGUGUGGAUAGUUGGAUCCCAAACACUUGUGUUUACGAUAGUCUUUGAAUCUACCAGUGACGUCAUCUUGUCGGUGUGAAAUUAGCAGCUGUCACAUUUUUUGUUGCGGGUUCGUUGGAACAAGUACGACUCCUAUACUAUUUUUACGAGAUUUGUUCACCAUGGCCCGCGGACAUCAGAAGUUCCAGUCGCAGCAGAAGAACGCCAAGAAGCAGGCAGAGAUGAAGAAGGCGAAGGGGCACGACCAGAAGACGGCGGCCAAGGCAGCGCUUGUCUUCACCUGUGCCGUGUGCCGGUCCCAGAUGCCUGACCCCAAAACCUUCAAGCAGCACUUUGAGAGCAAGCAUCCCAAAUCACCUCUCCCCCCCGAGCUGGAAGGCGUGGAGGCAUAAAAACCAAAGUGUCCGCCACCCUUUGCCCUCCUCUCUCACUUGGAAGAUGACUACUUCGGUGAGGCUCCUCUUGUACCAGCUGUGCACUCUUCUUGAUUCUUUUUGAUUUAAAACAUUAAGAGUGAUGUCGCCAAAUGGGAAAUGAAAAGUAAAUGAACCAUAUAGGUUUGAUUUGCCGCCCGGUGACAAAUGAAGACUUCUUGAUGUGUCCUGCACAUGGAAUAAUUGUCUGCUGAGCCAUCAUCGUGACGGUUAUAUUUUUUUCCCCCUAGCGCUGCUCUUGCGCCAGGGUUCGACCUGGUUUGGGGGCCGUGCACGUGAUUUCAAUGACUUCUAUCGUAAGAGGGGUCAUAGUGCUAACACGUGUCAUUGUUUAACACUGUAUUGGUCUCACCUCGCUAAUUCUAAACCUCAAUAUUGGCUCGUCACUAACUGGCCAGGCUGCUAAUAAAAAAAA